UCCAUCUCAAGAUCAUCUAGAUUGUAUAGCAAUCCAAAACAAAUAUGCGUGCCUUUAUUGUUUUGUGCUUAGUGGCUGUGGCCUGUGCCGAUAAAUUGGGUUACAACUAUCAACCAGUUGGUCACUCCUCAUCCGGUUUGUCAUUCACACCUGGUGGUGCUGCCAGCAAUGUUGCUCCCUCCUACGAUUCCGGUGUAAGCUCGUACGAUGCCCAAGGCUCCAAUGGUGCACCCUCUUUUGCUCCUCAAGCUGAACUCGAAAAGGAAUUCUACACUUUCUCUGCCAACGAUGCUGAUUUCAAUGAACCCGCCAGCUCUGACCAAUAUGCCAACAGUUUGAAGAAGGGUCUUCGUGUCGUGUUCAUCAAAGGUCCCGAAAACAAUGGUUUGGAAGAUGCCGCCUUGGCUUUGGCCAAACAAGCUGCCCAACAACAAACAGCCAUCUAUGUUCUCAACAAACAAGCUGACCUCGCCGAUUUGGCUAACAAACUUAACAACAUCAACACCGGUAACAACAACAAACCCGAAGUUCACUUUGUCAAAUACCGUACUCCUGAAGAUGCCGCCAAUGCCCAACGUGCUAUCCAAGGUCAAUACGAUGCUUUGGGCGGUCCUUCUCGUAACAUUGACGGUGGUGUUGCUCCAUCCCUCAACUUUGCCUCCCAAGCCCCAGUUGCUCCCGCUGCAGCUCCCUCUGCUCCAGGUGCCAGCUAUUUGCCUGCUUCCGUUUUGCGUCGCUUCCGUUUGUAAGAAGCA